UUUUUGAUUUUAUCCAAUGCCUUGGUUGUUGUUGCAUGCGGCAAGCAAACUAGUAUUUGAAGCUUGAGCCCAAACAUCAUUUUAAUCAAAUUAUGAGGCGAUUAUCUUUGCAAAAGAUGACAUUAGCAAGAAAAGUAUCUGCUAUGAUUUUGCGAAGACAUUUGAUGACAUCCCAAGUCUCAAAAUCGAGCACAAAAGAAGCAAUGCAGAGCAAACAAGAUGAUAAAGAGAAUCAAAAAUACCCUAGGAAAAUCUUUUCAGGUAUACAACCCACUGGUCAACUGCAUUUAGGAAAUUACUUGGGAGCGCUACAAAAGUGGACUGAAAUGCAAAAUAGUGGUGAUGAUGUAUGUUACUGCAUUGUGGACAUGCAUUCAAUAACCAUACCUCAAAAUCCAGCCUUGCUGCGUGAAAAUAUUUUUGAAAUGGCUGCUACCAUGUUUGCUUGCGGUCUAAAUCCUGAAAAAUCCACAAUUUAUGUGCAGUCUACUGUGAAAGAACAUGCUGAACUUGGUUGGAUUUUAAAUUGCAUGUGUACCAUGGCACGUUUGGGUCAUUUGCCUCAAUUCAAAGAGAAAUCACGAAAUCUUAAAGAUAUUCCACUUGGCCUAUAUGUAUAUCCAGUGCUGCAGGCAGCCGAUAUAAUGCUAUUUAAAGCCACCCAUGUGCCCGUUGGUGAAGAUCAAUUACAACAUAUCCAGUUAACCCAACACCUAUCGCGUAUCUUCAAUACCAAAUAUGGGGCCACUUUUCCAAUUUGCCAUGCCGUAAUUGAGAAUCAUGAUGCCGCUCGUAUACGUUCACUACGCAAUCCAUCCAAGAAAAUGUCUAAAUCCGACUUGGAUACCAAAGCCACCAUAAAUAUACGUGAUCCACCCGAAGUAAUUGUGGAGAAAAUUAAAAAGGCCGUCACAGAUUUCACAUCGGAUGUUACCUAUGAGCCCAAUGUCAGACCAGGAGUUUCAAAUCUGGUGGUAAUUCAUUCCAUGGUAACCAAUACUCCCAUAGACAAAGUGGUGGAGGAAGCCAAAUCCAUAGAUACCGGCCGUUAUAAAUUGCGUGUGGCCGAUGCGGUGGUGGAACAUUUAAAACCCAUACGUCUGGCCAUCGAUGACCAUCUGCAGAGGAAGGAUGAGCUCAUACAAUUGCUUGAAAUGGGUGCCGAAAAGGCACGGCAAGUAGCCCAGGAAAAUAUUGUCGAGAUUAAACAGAAAAUUGGUUUGGGCAUAUUCCAGACUAUACCACAAUCCAUAGAAGUGUCCUCUGAUUUGGAAAGCACCACAAGCACAACGAAGGAGAAUCAAGAACAGCAGCCGGGAGAAAUGAAAAUAGAAGAUAUGUCCAUUGUACCUAAGCAGAAACUUCGUCAAGAAAAGAAACUCAACACAACUCAAACUCAACAAAACUUAGCGCCUAAAUUUAAACUGAAAGACUCUAUACAGACACCGCCAUCUAUGGUGAAGAAGGUAUCAUAAUUUCAAAAAAAUAUCUGAAAAUCUUCUACUUAGAGUAUUUCUUCUGUCUUGAAAAUCCCAUCAAGAUUAUAAUCGAUUCGAGCUGCAAGCUUCGUUCGUUCCUCACCUAGUCUUCAAUAAAAUGAAAACAAAUACAAA